AUGGAGAAAUCGGCAAGCUUCUCUCGAGAUGGAUUCCUCGUGGACAUUCCACCAUACGGGUGGAACCAUUCGCACAAGUACUGGCAUGAGGGCGCCGUCGGUCGCGCUCAUCGCUUCAUGAAGGAGCCUCGAAAGGACCUCUUCGGCGCGGAGACGCCAGAGAGCAUUCCCGAAGAGCCGAGAUUCCGGAACAUUCUUCGCCUCAGAGAGGUGCCCUGGAUGUCUAGCCACGGCGUCCAAGGCUCCUUCUUGUACCCCGCGGCCGGUAUGAUGAUCAUGGCAAUCGAGGCCAUGACUCAAAAGGCGGACACGACAAGAAAGAUCAAGGGCUACGAACUGCGCGACAUCAUCAUCAGCAAGGCAAUGGUGAUCCCGGCUGGUGACAGGGGCAUUGAGACGGUUCUCAGCCUCAAGCCCUUCCGCCACGGCUCGCAGGCCCUGACCUCCUCCUGGCAGGAAUUUGAACUCUUCUCAAGAGUGGAGGCUUGGGAGCUCAACUGCUCCGGCCUCAUCCGUCUCGAAUACGAGCCAGUGCAGAAGAACAACGUUUUUGCCGACGAGGAGGGGUCGCUCGCCAAAUCGUAUGCCGAGGCCUUCGAAAAGACCCGCAGCGAGUGUCUUCGUCCCCAAGGCGCCAGAGAGUUUUAUGACCACCUGGAUGUCAUCGGCCUGAGCUACAAGGGAGUUUUCCGCAGCUUGUCGGAAAUCCGCAAGGGAGACAGACAAAGCGCGUGCCAGCUCACGAUCCCCGACACAAAGAGCGACAUGCCUCGUCAGUUUGAAUACUCUCACGUCAUCCAUCCCGCCACUCUCGACAACGUCAUCCAGAUGGCCCUCCCCGCUUAUUCUGGCAUCGAUGAAGAGCUUGCUGUUGCCAUGGUCCCUGUGUCCAUCGAGCGCCUCUAUGUUUCUGCCGAGGUCCCCAGUGCGCCGGGCUCUGUGCUGGAGGGUUAUUCUUCCUCAGAGGUCACUGGCUUCGAGGGCGGUACAUGCUCAGUUGUUGUGUCCGACACCACGUGGCAGAAGCCACUUGUUAUCUUCAAGGGUCUCAAGUGCAAGAAGCUCGAGGAUCUCAAUAUGGACUCUACGUCUUCGACCGAAAAGAGUCUCCGUAGACUUGGAACAGUCUUGCACUGGCAAGAAGAUGCGACCUUUUUGGACAACGAGCGCACGCUUGAGCUUUUUGCGGACCAGGUCGGAAAGUACCUCACUGUUCCUGACCGAAAGACCUAUAUUGAGCUUGAAAUGGCUUCUUUGAUCAUCUGCAAGCGAGCUCUGAAGGAGUGCUCCGCUGAGGAGUCGGAAAAGUUUCAGUUCGACUUCAAGAUGUUCUACGACUACAUGCAGCACUGCCUUCAUCGCUACAGAGACGGCAAGCUACCCUACCAGAACGAAUACAAGAGCAUUGACUGGCUGGGCAUGACCACUGAGGAGGAGGAGAAGCUUCUUCAGCGCGUCUCAGAGACAUCCACCGAUGGCAAGGCCCUUGUUCAGCACGGCCGAGCUCUCCCGCAGAUUCUGCGCGGUGAAGUCACUCCACUUCAGGUCCUUCUCCCCAACGGCGGUCUUGGCGAUUUCGAUCGGGCCGCGCUUGGCAGCGACAUCUGGCACGCUCAAAUGAGCUGGUACGUCGACAUGCUGGCUCACAAGAACGACACUAUGAAGAUUCUUGAAGUUGGUGCGGGCAAGGCCCGGGCUACUCUUCCGAUACUUAAAAAGCUGGGGGGUGCCAAUGGCACUCCUCGAUUUUCCAGCUACACCUUUACGGAUAUCAAUGUGGCUUACUUUGAAGAGUCGACCAACACGCUCUCGCCGUGGCUUCCAUUCAUGGACUUUGCCAUGCUCGAUAUCACAGAGGAUCCGACUUCUCAGGGCUUCGAGGAAGGAUCUUACGAUCUCAUUGUGGCAUCCAAGGUUAUCCAUACCACAGGAUCCGUUUCCAAAGUACUUGAGAAUAUCAAGAAGCUUCUGAGGCCAACCGGAAAGCUGGUCCUGACAGAAAUUACCGCGAUGGGCAAGAUGCGCGCCCAUAUGAUUGUCGGUACCCUCGGCGGCUGGUGGUGCGGUGAGCAGGAUGGCCGCAAAUAUGGCCCGACGCUCGAGAUUGACCAGUGGGACAAGGCUCUCCGCGACGCGGGCUUUGAUGGCAUCCAGGUAAGCUUCUCGGAUGCCCCAAGCCCUGACACUGCUGUUUCUGUCAUCGGCACUGGCAUUGCUGGCACCGCGGAGCCUUCUGUACCCAAGGAAGUCCUCCUCGUGGCGCCCAACACUCUCGAUCACGAUGUCGCCCAGGCCGCGAUUACUCUGGAGCGCGAGCUCAUCGAGCGCGGUGCUGCAGUGACGGCCAUGUCGUUGACAGAAACCACGGCUUUGGACGCCAGCAAGCUCAAGCGCAUGUCCUGCAUCUGUCUCGUUGAUGCUCGCACCGCCGAAGGAAUCCUUCCCAGCAUUGGCCAGGAAGAAUGGGACGCCCUGAAGCACCUGAUCAUGUCCAUCGGCUCCAUGACCUAUAUCACCAGAGGUGCCACCCAGGACAGCGAGAACCCUUCAAACAACUUGAUGACAGGCAUGGCUAGAACUAUCCGCUCGGAGCUUGACGAAGUUCGCCUGACGACUGUUGACAUGGAGAGCAUUUCGUCCCUGAGCAGCAGGGACAACAUUGCCGCCCUCCUCAAGGUGUUCAUCUGCGCGAGCCAGCCUCUGGACAACGAGCGACGACCGGACUGGGAGUACGCCAUCCGCCAGGGCAAGCACAUGGUGCAGCGAAUCAUUGUCGAGAGCAACGUCAAUGAGAUGGCGUCUGCCUGGUACGGGCCCCCGAAGCCUGAGCUGCUGCCUUUCAAGCAGCCCGGCCGCCGCCUGAAGCUCGGAAUCGAAAACCCCGGCCGCCUCGACACUCUGCGGUUCGACGACGACCAGGUCAUGAACAAGGAGCUCGGCGCGGACGAGAUCGAGAUUGAGGUCAAGGCGAUAGGCCUCAACUUCAAGGACAUCAUGGUCGCCAUGGGCCAGCUGUCCCAGCCCGCUCUCGGCCUCGAGUGCUCUGGCUUCAUCAGCCGGGUCGGCUCCGCGGUCAAGGGCUUUGCGCCCGGAGACGCAGUCUUGACCUGGAAGCUGGACACGUACAACAGCUUCACUCGCGCCCCGGCCGCCAUGGUCCAGCAUAUUCCCCAGGGCAUGAGCGUGGUGGAGGCAGCCUCCAUUCCCCUCAUCUACUGCACCGUGUACCGCGCCCUGGAGGGAGCCGCAAGGCUCCGCAAGGGCGAGUCCAUCCUCAUCCACGGCGCGGCGGGCGGUGUUGGCCAGGCUGCCAUCAUCAUGGCCCAGGCCAUCGGGGCCACCGUCUUUGCCACCGUCUCGACCGACGCCAAGAAGAAGCACCUGAUGGAAGCCUAUGGGCUGCCGGAGUCCCACAUCUUCAACAGUCGCGACAGCGUACAGUUCUCGCAGGCUGUGCUCCGACUGACCAACGAGCGCGGUGUCGACGUUGUCCUGAACUCGUUGGCCGGCGAGGCUCUCCGGGCGUCGUGGCGCGUGAUUGCUCGCUUCGGCAGGUUCGUCGAGCUCGGCCAGCGUGACAUUGUUGGCAACACCGGCCUAGAUAUGGAGCCCUUCUUCCGCAACGUCUCGUUCCACUCCGUCAACCUGACCGACUUCCUGGAGCACGACAUUGACGGCGCCGCUCAGGACCUGGCCAAGGUCGUCGAGAUGCUCAACCAGCGCAUCAUCAAGCCGGUGUCGCCGAUCAACACGUUCCCCCUGUCUCGCAUCGAGGAGGCGUUCCGCAUCAUGCAGACCGGCGCGCACAUGGGCAAGAUUGUCCUCGAGGUCAACGACGACGACCUCGUCCCGAUGCUGCCCGCGACGGCGCCCCCGGUAAGGUUCUCCAAGGACGGCACGUAUGUCAUCUCGGGCGGCAGCGGUGGCCUCGGCCGCUUCACGGCCACUUGGAUGGUCAAGAGCGGCGCGCGAAACAUCAUCAUCCUCUCGCGGUCUGGCGACGCCAAGCCUGCGGUGCGAGACCUGGUCGCCAACCUCGAAGGCGCCGGCGCGCGAGCCGCCGCGUGGGCUUGCGACGUCGGCGACGAGUUGGCUGUACGACAGGCAGCUGAGCGCUGCCAGAAGGAGUCGUGGCCACAGAUUCGAGGCAUCAUCCAGGGUGCGAUGACGCUGCAGGACGCUGUUUACGAGAACAUGACUCUCAAGCAGUGGAAAGACUCCAUCUCCCCCAAGGUCAACGGCAGCUGGAACCUUCACACGCACAUGGCGAAGGAUGUCGACUUCUUCAUCAUGCUAUCUUCGACCGUCGGUAUCGUCGGCUCCCGAGGCCAGUGCAACUACGCGGCCGGAAACACUUAUAUGGAUGCCCUGGCGCGCCACCGUCGCAGCAAGGGCCUCCCCGGCUGCGCCCUCGACCUGGGCGUGAUGCUCGGCGUCGGCUUCCUGGCCGAGGACACGACCGACGCGAUGCGCGACAACAUGCAGGCCUGGGCCCUCCUUGGGAUCCGCGAGCGCGAGUUCAGUGGCAUCCUCGAGGCCGUGAUCCGCAACGAGAGCACCUCCGGCGUGCCGCUGCCGGCGCAGCUCAUCCUCGGCCUCGGCACCGGCGGCAUGAUGGCCUACGCCACCAUGAAGUACCCGUGGUGGAUGAACGACCUCAAGUUCGCGCACGUCAUGCAGAUCGACACGCAACUCGUGUCCCGCGCCGCCGACCUCGCGCAGGCCGCGGACGCCAUCACGGCCAGGCUCAUAGGCAAGCUGGCCAAGAGCCUGAUGAUGUCGGCCGAGGACAUUGAGCCCACCUAG